AUGGAACUUGGAGGUCCCAUCUGGGGGCUUUGCCAUGAAACGACUUGUCCCUUCUGCCAAGAUUACUUCAAAGAUCCAGUGACGACAGACUGUGGACACAAUUUCUGUCAGGUGUGCAUUGCCCAGUACUAUGGGGAAUCUGGAAGACACACUUAUUGCCCUCAGUGCAAAGAAAUCAUUUGGCCAUGGAACUUUAGGUCAAACUGGAAGCUAGCAAAUAUUGUAGAAAUCACUAAGAAACUGCAGGAGCAGAAAUUGGCAGAAGGAAAGUGGGGACUGUGUGAGAAGCAUCUGGACCCCCUCAAACUCUUCUGCAAUGAUGAUGAAAGCCCCAUCUGUGUGGUGUGUGACAAAUCCAAAGAUCACCGAGAUCACAAUGUAUGUCCUAUAGAAGAGAUUUCCCAGGAAUAUAAGGAGGAAAUCAAGGAGCAUCUGAAAUCUCUAAAGAAUGAGAGGAAAAAGCUUGAAGACAUGCAGCUGGGCAUAGAGCAGAGGGUACAGGAAUACUUGACAGAGUUAGAAAUAAAGAAGCAGAAGGUCAUCUCUACCUUUGAGGGAAUUCAGAUGUUUCUUGACUUGAAAAAGCACUUCUGGUUAAAUCAGCUGGAAAAUCUAGAAAUGGAGAUCAAGAGAAGAGAGGAAGAAAAACUUACUCAGCUCUCUGAAGAGAAUUUGCAACUCAGUCAGGUGAUCACAGAGAUGGAAGGGAUGUGCCAGCAGCCAACCAGUGAUUUCUUGCAGAACAUCAGAAAUGUCUUAAGCAGGCACAAGAAGAAUUCAGAAGGGCAUAUGGUGGACCAUUUUCCUACUUUGGAAGAGAGACUCAGAAUUUAUGCUCAGAAAAUUUCUGAUCUAAAAAAGGCACUGAUGGACUCUCAAGAUACUAUGGAGCAAGCAAUGAACACAAUUGAUUUGGACCAAACUAUCAACAUAGGAUUGACUGAAACCAGCAAAGAAGUACCAACUGAACCCGAGGUCAUUGUUGUGCCCAUACCUGAACCAGAAUUAGAGAUGCCAGUUACAGUGCCAUCAGAGCCACGGAUCGAACAAACAAUGGAAACCAAGGAUAUGGUGAGUGUGACCCUACAUCCAGACACAGCACACUCUCAGCUUUCUCUGUCCAAGGAGCUGAAGCAUCUGACAACACCUGCCAGAAAGCAGAGUGUGCCCAAGAACCCAACAAGACUUGACCCGGCUCGCUGUGUGAUGGGGGAAAAGACAAUCACCUCUGGAAGAUAUUACUGGGAGGUGGAGGUGGUGAACAAACAAAGUUCAAUGUCUCUGGUGGGGGAGCCAGAGUGGGCCGUCGGGGUGACAAGCAACUCUCUCGAGAGAAAGGGAAAUCUCAGCUUUAAUCCCAUCGAGGGAGUUUGGGCUGUGGGCAAGCCAUUCAGUCAUGUAUACUCACCUUGUCAAGUCUGGGCAUUUAAAUACCCCAGAUGGACCCCGGUGACAAUGAGACAAGAGCCCAAGAAGAUCCGGGUGGCUCUGGAUUAUGAAGAGGGCCGGGUGGAGUUUUUUGAUGCAGAAACUGAUGAUAGCAUCUUUGCUUUUCAUCUGGGAACAUUUUCUGGGAAGGGAAUCCAGCCCUUUUUCCACACAGGAAUGUGGGGUGUCAGCCUGAAAUACUGA